AUGGCUGGCUCAACAAGAUACUUGCGAUACAUCAUCCUCGCCUUUGUCGCCCUAAUAGUCCUCUUCUUCUACCUCAGACCCCCGACUCCGACAACCUUCAGCGGCGAACAUCUGCAAUCCGCCAAAGACUUGCUCAAGUCGCAAGGCUUAUGGACGGGCACACAUGAGUCUGCCAAAUCAGGCGCAUUCGUAUCAGACGAGCAGAACGCGGCUGCACUCCACGGCGAUGUCGUCAAUCCAGUCGCUGCACCUGUAGCGGAAGCUGCCUCGAAACACAACACUUCGCCCAACCCUAGCAUCGGCCAGAAUACCCUCUCAGCACCAAAGGCUCCAGGCGAGCGCCUGAACGCCACAUUUGUAACACUCGCUAGAAACAGCGACGUCUGGGAGAUCUCACGAAGUAUCCGACAGGUCGAGGACCGAUUCAAUCGCAACUACAAUUACGACUGGGUCUUCCUUAACGAUGCCGACUUCGAUGAGACCUUCAUCAAGGUCACCACCGCUCUCACCUCGGGAAAGACAAGAUAUGGAAAGAUUGACAAAGAGCAUUGGGGCUUCCCGGAGUUCAUUGAUCAAGAGAAGGCAAAGAAGGUCAGAGAGGAUAUGCAUGAGCGCAAGAUCAUAUACGGAGACAGCAUCAGCUACAGGCACAUGUGCAGAUACGAGUCUGGCUUCUUCUUCCGCCAUCCCAUCAUGCUUGAGUAUGAGUGGUAUUGGCGUGUGGAACCAUCCAUUGAGCUCUACUGCGACAUCGCAUACGACCCGUUCAAGCUCAUGGCUCAGAAGAAGAAGAAGUACAGUUUCGUGCUCUCGCUCUACGAAUAUGUCGAGACUAUCCCCACUCUCUGGGACAGCGUCAAAAAAUUCAUGAAGGAGCACCCGGAGCACAUCGCGCAGGACAACAGCAUGCAAUUUCUGUCGGAUGACGGAGGAGUCACAUACAACCACUGCCACUUCUGGUCUAACUUCGAGAUUGGCAACCUCAACUGGCUGCGCAGCAGAGCUUACACCGACUACUUCGAUUUUCUGGACAGAGAGGGAGGGUUCUUCUACGAGCGCUGGGGUGAUGCGCCGAUCCACUCCAUCGCAGCAGCUCUCAUGCUGUCCAAGGACGAAAUCCACUUCUUUAACGACAUCGCAUACUAUCAUGUGCCCUUCACGCAUUGUCCAACAGGCGAGCAGAUGAGACUGGAUCUCAAGUGCCACUGCAAUCCCAAGGACAACUUUGACUGGAACGGAUAUUCAUGUGAGUUUCCGCCCCCGUAGCCUUACGGCUCGGCACAUGCAAGAGACAUGCAGACGCCACUGACACUUGACACCUAUAGGCACUAACCGAUGGUACGACACGAACAAGUUGCCCAAGCCCGAAGGUUACGAGAAGGAACAAUGA